GCACUUUUAUACAACUAGACCAACGGCAACGUCAUAGCAUUCAUGCAGUUACAGUGGGUAGGAGAAAAGCUAAGCUUUUUACUCACCAAGGAAGGCGCUGGCUUAGACACUUUGCAGCAUCCUACUCCGUCGUAUGCUGAUCAUGUCGGUCCCACUUUAUUAUACUACCUGCUCAUAGACUAUGAUCAUGAUGUUAUCUUAUAUAUCCUAUGUCCUGGCAUCUGCAGUGUACGUUCUGUAUGAUAGAGGUGGCGAGAGGAUGCUGACUGAAGCGUCAGGACAUGGACAUGACUUUUCAGUAGCCAAGUACAUCUGCUAGUUUUCCUAGUGGGCCUGCACCUAACUUAACGACGACCUUGGGACUCAUCUCACUACAUUGCCAUUGAUUAGUUUCCCAAUAAGAAUAACAUUCAAUGGCACGACUGUCGACUUAUCUCACCCUUCAACAUCCGUUAUUAUAGAAGUCGAAAUCAACAGAUUGCUGCGUCUCGUGUCUUCUUUUCUGAUGCCGCAGGAGAGCAUCGCAUAGUCUAGGUGCUGGGAUGCUAGACAGUGCUAAACUCCAUGGAAGGCUAGAUGAGAUGAAUUUGACUGACAUUUUACGAAGAUCGAUGAGGUCCUCGACGUGGAGGUGGAGGGGCCGAAGACCUAAUAAAAAGAACAAAACAACAAGUUGCCUUUCUAUUUUCUCUCAAAUUUAUUGCCCACGGAAAACUCUGAUACUUUUUAUACAAUGCUCUGCAUCUCUUAUUUUCGCGCACUUAUCUCACGCUUUAAACCUUAUUGACCAAGGAAGACACGCAUCCUUUCCAGAAGGUCCUCGAAUCGCAGGACGAUAGUAAAAAAUCAGGAGAAUCAGUCACAUUUACGAACAAACUUACAGAAUUCAAUUUGAUUGAUUAAUAGGGACAGGGAGGCAGCAUCACGUAGUCCUAUGGAAAAAAAAUGAGCGUCCGAAAUAGAGCCCCCUGGAGUCGUGCACUGUUGUUGUUGUUGUUGUUGUUGUAGCAAGACCUGCGAUGAUGAGUAUGCUUGCUGUUAUCUAGUGUCGGACAU